CUGGCCACCACGUCGGGACAUAGCAGCUGGGUCUCUCUGUAGCUUUGCACAGCGGAUCUCUAGCCACAUGGGAGAGGGACACCAAGAAGUCACAUUAGGUUGAUCCAGGGACAGACUUGGCCAUGGCCCUGAGGGGAGCCCGCCCCGCACUCCUGCUGCCCCUCGUCCUGCUGGUCACUGGUCUGGCCUUGGCCCGAGGGGAGUCGCGCUAUGAGAAGUUCCUGAGGCAGCAUGUGGACGCCUCUGAUCCCAGCCCGCCAGACGCCCGGAGCUACUGCAACCUCCUGAUGCGGCGCCGGGACAUGGCCACUGCCCACAAGUGCAAACACCUCAACACCUUCAUCCACAGCAGUGCCAACCAGAUCGAGCCCGUCUGCGGGGACGGGGGGGAGCCAGCCGGAGGAGACCUGCGCCUCAGCGAAGACUCCUUCCCCCUCACUGUCUGUGAGCUCCAGGGAGGGUCUGAUCCCCCCGACUGUGACUACAGCGGGUCCAGUAGCACCAGCAGGAUCGUCAUCGCCUGCGUCGAUGGGGAACCAGUCCACUUCGAGACACAGAUGAGGAGACCACAUCUGUAUGCAGUAUUCAAGAUGUGGGCAUACCAAGGAUUUAUAUAAGGGCAAUAAGAUAUUCUCUGUCUUAUUCUCUAACCCCUUUUUAAUUAUUCCUGACAUCCUGUUUGCUUUUUUGAC